AUGAAUGCGACCGUCGCGGCAAUGACACAGGGCGAUGUGGAUUCGGCGUUGACGUCGGCCCGGGCAGCCUACGCUGUGAUUGCGAGUGCCGGAUCGGAGGAUGACGACAAUAGCACUAACACGACUGUGGACGGCAUUGGCAAGGCGGCUGUCUGCGCUUUGCUGGGCGAGAUCCUUCUCGAGAAUGGCGACGUCGAGGUUGCACGACAGGUCCUCACAGUGGCCGCGAAUCUCGACACCGAUGGAACGCUUUCAGAUGCGCUCGGCGGAGGGCCGGACAAGUAUUUCUACCUGGCGCAGCUGAGCGAGAAUGGCGGGCGCGAGAGCGUGUCCUGGUUUGAGCGGGGAGCUGCUGCUCUGCGGUCACGUCUACAGCAGGCUGGAGGCGAGGCAGAUGAAAAGAGCGAAGAAGGCGAGAAGACGGCCGUCGAAGAGACCCGCGACAAGCUGGCUCAGGUGCUGUGCGCAGUUGCUGAGGUGUGGAUGACAGACCUCUCCUUCGAACCCGACUGCGAGGCCCAGUGCGAGGCGCUCGUUACCGAGGCUUCGCUGCUCGCACCCACAUCUCCCGACGUUUGGCAGACCCUGGCAAGCGUUCGUGUCAGCCAGGAACGCCUCCCUGACGCCCGCGCCGCUGUCCAGCGCAGCCUCGAUCUCUGGGCCGAUCUCCCACCAGACCACCCGGCGGUACCCCUAUUCAGUGUCCGCGUCGGCCUUGUUCGCCUUUUGCUGACUGUGGAUUGGGCUGAGAAGGCUGCACACAUUGCGACAACGCGGCUGUUGCGCGAGGACGACGAGGCCGUCGAAGUGUGGUACCUUGCCGGCUAUGCACACUACCUUCAGGGGCAGAAGCUGCGGGAGGGAGGUGAAGAUGGCGAGUCCGAGGAAAAAGCAAAGGGAAAAAUUAGGGAAGAUGGCGAGGAGAAGAUGGCAGAUCAGGAUGACGACUCUUCCGACCACCACUGGCAGGACUAUUGGCGGGACGCUCGUCGGUGUCUGGGGCGGUGUUUGAAAGAGUUCAAGCGGCAGUCGUACGAGGAUGAGCGACUUGGCCAGCAUGCGAAAGAGCUUUUGGACGAUGUGGUGGCGGUAUUGGGGCCAGCGCCAGAGGGCGAAGACGAGGAGGACGAGGGCGAGUGGGUGGAUGAGAAUGAUGGGGCGGACGACGAUUCUGAAGAUGAUGACGGCGACGAAGAUAUGGAAUAG